UCACCUGUUCUAAAAAAAGAAAAGGUCUCAUAACAAGAGAAAGAAAUUUAUUUAUAUUUUGCGUUUUAAGAAAGAAAAUGGACUGGAGAUAAUGAUUGUCAGAAGAUGAACGCACGAACACAGGUUUUUGAACUCUCUGUUGAAGGAAGACAAAUAGAAGAAGUAGUAGAAAGUAUCUUCCAUACAUUACUGUUACACAGAACUAUAGGAAAGUUUCACUUCAAACAAGAAUCGAGUUAUUCUAUAGGAACAGUUGGUAUAGUAGAUGUAGACUGUGAUUUUAUAGACUUUACUUAUGUGAGGACUGCCUCAGAUGAAUUAGACAGGAAAUUGAAAGGUCAUGUAUCAUUGUUCAGAGAUACAUUAAGGAGUCAGGAUGGACCAGGUUCUGGACAGAUCUCAUUAGAAUUUUUCCAGAAAAAGAAAACAAGAUGGCUGUUUUCACCAGAAUGCAUUCCAUGGGAAGUAUGGACCAUAAAACUGGAUAUUCUUACUCUAUCUAAUGAAAGUGAGAGACAGUUAUUAAGAGAAAAACUUGGAGAAGUUUUAGCAGAGAAAUUGAUGUAUGUAGCUGAAGCAAUGAAUAGACAUGAAUAUGUUCCUAAAAUGCCAAACCAGUCCGAACUGGAUCUUGUAUUUGAUACCACCAUAGCUGAUGUCCAACCUUAUUUGUAUAGGAUAUCCCACCAGACCACAACACCUCCCCCAUCUGUAAGUAAUACAAUGAGGAAAUUCCUGAAGGACACACUAGCAUUCUGAUACCACAAAUCAUUUCAUGGAGAUAUUGCAUCAUGGGAAUAUUCCAAAAGGACUGUACAUUAACAUUGUGACAUCAAACUCCACUGUGCAGCAAAAUAUUGAUGAAUCAUGGGAAAAUACCUGAUGGAGUCCGAUUAGCCUCAUGAUAAUGUAUUAGUUUCAUGAUGCAAAAAUUGCCUUGUAUUUUCAUUUGUAAAAUUUAGAAAAUCAUGAAUUUAUAUGAUAUUGUAUUUUUAUCCCCCCCAAAAAAGAUAUUGUCUUGUUGGGCAUAGGUGGUGUGAUUGGUAUGUAUAUAUAUAUAUAUAUUAUUUCCCCUUAAUAACUAAUGUUUGCAUAUUGAAACUAUGAUAUUUCUAUAUAUAUAAGUAUCUCACCACCCUAAAUGUGACAUAUUAGACUGGUUUUUAAGGUAAUCAUUUCUUGAGUGUACUGUAUUUCAGUGUGAAUCACCCCAAAUUCACCAGUAUUCACCAACAUUCACUGUAAAAAAUAAUCACAAAUAGUGAGUUUUAACUACUGUAAAUACAGAAAUAUUGCAAUUUUUGAAGAAUGGACAUAAAUGUAAGAGAUAUUAUUACAAUUUCUGGAAAAUAUGCAUUCCGAUAUAUGUAUCAGAUAUCAGAAUGCCAGUUCUUCUUAUUGUGAUACUCAUCUAGUUGCGUUAUUUACAAUAUCAAAAACUUUGAAAUGAUUUCUGAAUUUACAAUAAAUCUCCUUGAUUGUGUAAAUUGCAAAUUUUUUGUUCUGUAUCUACAAGACUUCAUCAAAAACAGUUUUGUGAAUUGUAUUUUUAUGAUAAUACUGAUGUUAAGAUGUAUAAAUUCAUAACAAGUAGAAAGUUAUUGUAUAUUGUACAUGCUGACGAUUUUUAACCUAUUUAAUUAACAUACAAUGAGUGCUAUUCUAAUGAUGUUAAUGGAAUUUAUGUGUUUUUUAUGUGUAGUUGAAAUUGAAUUACAGAAUUGUAUUUUUUUUUUUGCUAAUGUCAUUGUAGUAUUAUUAUAUAAUCCAAAAAAUUAGUCAUGCCUUGUGGUUAUUUUUGUUGCAACUUAUACAAAAUGAUAUUCUCAUUUAUUAGAAAUAGUAAGCUAGGAUUUAAGGUCAGAGGGGCAGAGAUUUAAGAUGAAGGGUGAAGGGUGUGUUAGUGCUGUUUCUUGCCUUUAAAGGGAUAACUUGAUUAUGUUAAUAGAUAAAAAUUUAAAUGAUUGAAUAAAUUAUUUUAUUUUUA